UUCAACAUGGCGACCGACAGCACGUAGAAUUGUGUAUCUUAGCUUUAACAAACAGAAAUAAUCGUGGCAUCUGAUCACGCUGUGAGCCUUUUGAUGAUCUUGGUCUUAUAAGUAAAGUUUUGCUACACACAUUUACGUCUUUUUAAAUUAACUAUUUGGAGAUGUAUCGUCGCGGGACGGCAAAGAAGGACCCAAACAACAAGCCGGCUAAGGAUGCUAGUGACAGUGAUAAAUACGCCGAUCUUUUGGUGUUUGGCUACGCCUGUAAAGUGUUCCGAGACGACGAACGGGCUCUUUACCACGAACAUGGAAAGCAUCUUAUUCCAUGGAUGGGGGACAAGAGCAUCAUGAUCGAUAGAUAUGAUGGGCGCGGUCAUUUACAUGACCUUUCAGAGUAUGACAGCGGGUCGUGGAACACAGCCUACCAGCUGUCGGAGGAGGAGGCCAGAAUCGAGGCGCUCUGCGACGAAGAAAGAUAUCUGGCCUUGCACACUGACCUGCUGGAAGAAGAGGCGAGGCAAGAAGAGGAAUACAAGCGUCUGAGCGAGGCCCUGGCAGAUGAAGGCACCUACAAUGCAGUGGCAUUCAAGUACAGUGCGGACUACUACGAUCCCUCCCAGCCCACGGAGGAGGAGGAUGCUAACAAGGUCACUGAAGAGCCAGAACAAGAAGAGAGUGAAGAACCAUUUGUUGCUCCUGAAGGACUUGAAAUCCCCCCCGAUGUGGAACUGCCCGCAACCAUCAAGACUCAUAACAUCAUCGAGCGGACAGCCAACUUUGUCUGUCAGCAGGGUGCUCAGUUUGAGAUCGUGCUGAAAGCCAAGCAGGCUCGGAACUCUCAGUUUGACUUCCUUCGUUUUGACCAUUACCUGAAUCCUUACUACAAACACAUCCUGAGGGCCAUGAAGGAAGGUCGGUACAAUCUGGCCUCCUCUAACAAACAAGAGCAGCCAGAAGAAUCUCAUUCUGAUGAUUCGGAUGACGACGGAGACGGCAACUACCUUCACCCCAGUCUGUUUGCACCUAAAAAGUGCUCACGUCUGGAGGAGCUGAUGAAGCCACUUCGAGUGAUGGACCCAGACCAUCCCCUUGCAGCACUGGUUCGAAAAGCCAGGGAGGAAAGAAACGGCUUGGCCGCAAAACCAACCGGGCCCGAGGAAGCGUCAGAUCCUGCAGCAUCCAGCACAACAGCCCAGUACACUGCUGACCCAAAUGCGUCGGCCGUGUACUAUGGCUACUACAUGCUUCCUGAUGGAACAUACUGCAUGGCCCCACCUCCCCCAGGUGUAGAUGCGAGCUCCUACUACAGCAGCGUAGCCUCGUCUGGGAUGACUCUCACGUCUUCUUCAGGAGCUUUUCCACAGUCAGGGACAUCCUCCCUCAUUGAGAAUAUCGCCAUGGCACCAUCAACUUCUGACCCUUCUCAAGUCCCCACGUCUGUUGCACCUGUUACCAUUGCAGAGAUGAGCAAUUACAGAGCUGGAGCUCAAGUCGCCACGAUGGCAGCAGCACCAGCUAUAAUCCCCCCACCGCUGGACAUCCAGGCUGUCAUAGACAAGCUGGCGGAAUACGUCGUCAGGAACGGUCUUAAAUUUGAAGCCAGCGUCCGUGCCAAGAAUGAUCCACGGUUUGACUUUCUGCAGCCUUGGAAUCAGUACAACUCCUAUUAUGAGUAUAAGAAGAAUUACUUCAUGCAGAAAGAAGGAAAAAGCUUGACAGAGAUGGGCAAGCUUCAGUCGGAUGAGUCUGGCAGUGAUUCCAAAAUGAGCAAAGCUUCUUUUGCCCCAAUCUGUUUUGCCAUCAAAGCGAAGGAGAAUGAUUUGCUGCCACUGGAGAAAAAUCGAGUUAAGCUGGAUGACGACUCGGAUGAGGACAAGUUGCUCGAAGGCGAGGGUCUGGAAGCUGUGGUCGGUGCUGCCGCCAUCGCUGCUGCUGCAGCUGCCGCCGCCGCCGCUGCUAUAGUGGUCAUCAAGGAGCCGCCUCCGGUUAGUGCGCCAGAGGCGAAGAGACCGGGUCUCAGCUUGGAAGAGCUGGAGGCGAAACAAGCCAAGCAGAAACUGGAGGAUCGUCUAGCCGCUGCAGCCAGAGAGAAGCUGGCGCAGGCAUCCAAAGAGUCCAAGGAGAAACAGCUACAGGCGGAGAGGAAGAGGAAGGCAGCGCUAUUCCUCCAAACUCUCCGCAGCCCAUUAGCAGGGGAGCCGGGGGCCAAGAGAGCUGAACUAGACUUAUCUACACGGCUUGAGAUGCAAGAGGCUCUUUCUGUUCUGUCUGAACUGCCGCCCUCACAAACGUCCUCUGCGACACCUUCGUAUCGUCAGGAUAAAAGACCUCACACGGAGAGCCGGGGAAGCCGUCGCAGCAGGGAGGCCCCCUCGUCGUCGCACAACUCUACCUCCAGAAGCACUGACAAAAAAGACAGAUACCGAGACAGCGAUCGAGAGAGACGCAGAGACCGAGAGAGGGAGAAGGAGAGGGACAGGGACAGAGACAGAGAAAGGGAAAAAGACAAAAAGAAGAAAAAACACAAGAGAAGGUCAAGAUCAAGAUCUAGAUCUACUUCGAGGCCAAAGAGCAGACACUCUCUCCCCAGUGCCUACAAGAGAUCACACCGGUCCCGGUCCCGUUCAUAUUCCCCGGGAAGAAGAGGCAGGGAUGGUCCGUCAUCAGAAAGGAGACAUGUCAAAGAGCGCGACCAUCAUCACAGCAGCCGCUCCAGUCUGCCCAGGGAACAUUCCGCAUCCAGGUCCCCCCUUGCCAAAAAGCAGAGCUCCUUGUCCUCAGGAGCCAAGAAAAUGCCAGGUUCCUCUCUUUCACCUUACCCGUCACCCAGUAGAGCCUUGUCCCCGUCAACAAGUCCCGCCUCCAGCUUGGCCCAGUCCAGGGGUGCUUCUCAGGAGAAAGAAGAGCCAGUGUCCUCUUCCAUAGUAUCUGCUGUUCAGUCCAAAAUAACUCAGGAUCUGAUGGCCAAAGUGCGUGCCAUGCUCGCCUCCUCGAAGACCUUCCAGCCUCCCCCUUCCUGAAGACUCCUUGGCCGUCUACUAACCAGCAGCCCUCUCCACUUUCAUGGAGAUUACUCGGCCUGACUUUUGUCUGGUUACCAUUUUUUGUUAUUGCUCAUCAUGAUUUGAGAAUCUGCAGAUUCGGAGCGACAACAGAGUUUAAGAUGAAAUAUCUAAUUUGGCUGCCUUAGUUGAUGGAUCCUGUUGAUUGCUGACUUCUUUCAUGUAUCGAAUUUGCUCUUUUGCUUUAGCAACACUUUCCCUUGUCUGGUCAGGAACAUAUCCACAGAUAUUGAUGUUCCUUCUGUGAAGGAUUGUUGAUCAUUUCUGUCACUAUCUACCAUUUCUCUCAAGCACCUCACCGUUAUAUAUGGGAUGUUUUAAUUUUGUAUUUCACUCGGCUUCAGUGUGACCCUGUAUUUCUGUUCCCGAUCCAAACUGUUAAUAAAGUUCAAUGAAUGAUC